AUGUCAUUCCUGCACAGAGUCAACGAGUUCGUCAAGCUCAAGGGUGCCGAAGGCGAAGUCACCCCUUCCCAGUGGAUUAACAAGGAUAUCGUGCCUCUUCCACCUAAUAGAAGAAACUGGGACAAAUGGACAUUUGCCGGUUUCUGGGCCAUUAACAACCUGUGUAUCUCCAACUACACGGUUGGGUCCACUCUGAUCUCGAUCGGAAAUUCGGUGUGGAUGGCCAUGCUGUCCAACAUCAUUGGUAGAUUUAUCAUCGCGCUGAUGGCUGUCUUCAACGGAUAUGUUGGUGCCGAUUAUCACAUUGGUUUCCCGGUUGUUUCUCGUUAUAUCUGGGGUAUGAAGGGUUCUUACCUGGCCAUUGUCCAGAGAAUCAUGUUGGGUGUCGUCUGGUUGUCGACGCAAUCAUGGACCGGUGGUUUGUGUGUUUCUGUGAUUUUGUCUUCGAUCUUCCCCUCGUUCGAGCACAUGAAGAACACCAUGCCUGAGAACACCCACAUGACUACCAAACAAUUUGUUGGUUUCGUGGUGUACUGUGUGAUGAUGGUGUUCAUGAUCUAUAUGCCACCUGAAAGGUCGCAAAGACUGCUCACGACAUUGAACACGAUGCUCGGGGCGACUUUGUUUGGUAUGAUGGUUUACUGUUUGUGGGAUGCCCACGGUGCUGGUCCUUUGCUUUCUGCAACUGCAGCUGCCACCACGUCCUCUGAAAAGGGUUGGGCAAUUGUUGCAGGUAUCAAGACGGUUAUCGGAACCAUUGCCGUCGGUCUGACGAAUCAGCCAGAUUAUAACCGCUUUGCCAAAACUUCUGGUGACCAGGUUUACGGCCAAGUCUUCUCCAUCCUCUUCUAUGGUAACAUUGUUCCUCUUAUGGGAAUGCUCACUACCUCGGCCACUGCCAAGAUCUGGCCUUCUACCGGUGGAAUAUGGAAUCCUCCCCUUAUUUGUGCGCAAUGGAUGGCCGAUGAUUACAACCCAAAAUCGCGUGCCGGUUCCUUCUUCUGUGGUGUUGGUUUGCUGGCAGGCCAGCUGGCCAUCAAUACCAUCGACAACGCUUUCUCCGCAGGCAUGGAUAUUUCUGGUUUGUUCCCCAAAUACUUCACUUUGAGAAGAGGUGCCUAUCUGGGACUGGUUUUGGCCAUUUGUAUGAACCCAUGGCAAUUGCUCUCCACUGCUAGUGUUUUCAUUAACGUGAUGUCUGCUUACUCCGUUCUGCUGGGAGCAAUGACUGGUAUCAUGUGCUGUGACUACUGGAUCAUCAGAAAGAGGAAGAUCAAGCUCAGCGAUUUGUUCAACCCAACACCAUCCUCUAUCUAUUGGUUCAACGGUGGCUACAACUGGAGAGCCUUUGUUGCAUGGGUCAUUGGGUUUGCUCCUCUCAUGCCUGGUUUCGUUCAUGCUUGUAAUGAGAAAAUCAAGAUUCCUCUGGGGGCCCAGCAUCUCUAUUAUCUCGCCUAUAUCUAUGGUUUCAUCGUGUCGUUCGUGAUCCAUUACGGUAUCAAUCACUUUUUCCCACCACCAGGUCUAGGUGAGGUUGACGAGUACGACCAGUUUGGCACCUUUACCCUGGAUGAGUGUAAAAAGUUCAACAUCAUCCCCCACGAAGACAUGGGCACUUUGGAGUCUGCAGCAGCCUCAUCUUCUGUUGAGAACGAGAAGGCCAUGGCUGAGAUCAAGGUGAACCAGUUGAGCUAG